CAGGCAGGCAGGCAGCAUGAUGGCGGCGGGGAAGCCGCAGGGUGCUGCGCAGGGGAAGCGCAGUCGGCGGCGCGCAGGAAAUAAGGAUUCAGCUGUCCUGAUGAAUGAAGAUGGUGCUCAAAGGAAAGCAGCUCUGGAGGCUGCUAUGAGAAAGAAGAUUGAAUUUGAGAAAAAAGCAUUGGGUAUUGUUGAACAGCUCCUGGAAGAGAACAUUACUGAAGAGUUCCUUCUGAAUUCUGCAAAAUCUAUUACUCCAUCCCACUAUAAAGACAUUGUUGAUGAGCGGUCUAUCAUCAAACUAUGUGGUUACCCUCUAUGUCAAAAUAAACUGGAAAAUGUGCCAAAACAGAAGUACAGAAUUUCAACAAAAACGAACAGAGUUUAUGAUAUCACUGAAAGAAAGUGCUUUUGCAGCAACUUGUGCUAUAGAGCAUCUAAGUAUCUUGAAGCUCAGAUUUCCAAAAGUCCAGUGUGGAUGCGAGAAGAAGAAAAACCACCAGACAUAGAGCUGCUGAAGGAAGGUCAGAGUGGGCAGUCUGGAGAAGAGGUGAAAAUAUGUGAUGAAGUAAUUAAAGCCUCUGACAUUGAAAAUCCUAGGGUAUCUUCAGAUCCAUGUGACUCUGGUUCUCAUAAUGCAGCCAGUGACAGCAGUAGUGAUACUGAACAAGAAUUUGUUUCUUCUGUCCUACCAGGAAGUCAGUCAAGUUCAGCCAGUUUUGCACAGCAGUUGCACAGAAACAGCAUCCUCAAAAAGAAGCAUUCUCAGAGAGUCCAUUACAGCCCUAAAACUGAGGACUCAGAUGUGGCAGAAGCCACUGAAAGACUGUCUAAUUGUAAAUUAGAUGCUCAGGAAAAAAUGUAUGCUUACUCUGUUCAUAAUAAAAUAACUUCAACACCUUCAAAAGAUGCCUCUGUAGGAAAAUCAAGUGCUUCAGAAAACUAUGAAAAUACCUGUAUUGGCUCACAGGUAGUUUUUCUAGGUGUGAGCAAAAGAGGGGCAGAACAUCUUAGAAGAACACUAGCUAACUGCAAAGAACAGAGGGAUCCAGUUAAUUCCAAAGGCAGUUUAUUAGAAGUACUUAAGCAAACACUUGUGGAAUGGAGAACUGAGGAAACUUUAAAGUUUCUCUAUGGCCCAAACUACACUCCUUUAUGCUCAUCAGAAUGCUCAUCGCCUGCCAGUCAGAAGAAUGAAGAACUUGAUGAGGAUGACUUAGAUACAGCUGAUGACCUUAACACCCCUGCUGUAGGGGAGUCUGAAAACAGUUUGAACUAUUCUUUGCCUUUCACAAGCCCAGGUGGAGUAGUUAAGCCCAUGCCUAGUUAUGAAAAGUUAAAAGAAGAAACAGAAUUCCUAGAACUCCGAGUUAAAGAGUUCUAUAAAGGAAAGUGCAUCCUGGCUGAAGAGGCAGCAACAGGUGCACAAGCAGAGCAACAUCCAAGCAAAGACAAAGAUGAUCAGCAAGAAGAUCUCACCUUCCCACUUGUCGAUUCAAAUGCACAAAUGCAGAUUAGAAAGCGAAUUGUACUUGAAAAACUGAGAAAAGUAUUACCUGCAGUUUUGGGCCCUCUUCAGAUCACUUCAGGUGAUAUUUACACCAUGCUAAAAAACCUUGUCAAAACUUUCCGGUUAACAAACAAAAAUAUUAUUCACAAAAUGCCUGAAUGGACUCUAAUUGCUAUAGUUUUGUUAUCUGUAUUGUCCCAAGUUAUUCCACUUUUCAAGAAUUCUCAGACAAGCCCGAAGUACACACAGUUCCUAACUACGUUGCUGGAAGAACUAGAUUUGAGAAAUGAAGAUUUGGAAAGUUUAACAAGAAUAUUUAGAAAGGACUGCGUGCUUGAAUGAAUGAAGUGAUCAUCUUAAUGUCUUGCACUGUCUGAAAUAAUGGCACAGAUGACAAAUGAACAUCUUCAAUUGUUUUAAAUGAUAAAUGAAAUUUAGUACUGAAUGUAUUUCUAGCCCUCCUGCUUUUUUAUUUCCUUCCUGUGAAUUAAGAAUUUGGAAUUCUAGUGAAGAAGCUGACUAUAACAGCAGUUUUCCAGGUAUGCAUCAAGGCUGGUUAUAAUGUGGAUCAUCUGAAAACUCCAUUUAAAAUGACUAGAAAGGAAUUUGGAUGGGUUUGGAUUUUUCUGGCUUUGGAAAUUUUCAGCCAAAAUUUGUCUACAGGAAUUGAGGAAAGGUGGGGGAAAAAAACUUCCUACCCCAGAGUGUUAAGAGCACCUCUGCUAACGUUUUUCCAAAUGCCCCAGUGCAAGGUGUAAUUUUUAAGAAUGAUGAAGACAGUACACAAAGAUUUCAGCCUGUUUAUCUUCCUUCUUCUAAGAAAAGGGUGGUCUUUGAACACAUGAAAAAAAUAUUUUUAAACAGCCCAAAUUGUUACUAAUUUGUAUUAUAAAAUAUAUUUUAAUAACUGGAACCUUGGUUUUGGCUUUCAGUAUUUAUUUAAUUUUAAAAAGAGCUCUGUUGUUUAGACUGUGUUUACACUUGAUUCUGUCACUGAUUAUAAAAUUCAAUUUAAAACUAAUCCACUAGUAAUUUGCAGGGAUUCUGUAAUGUGGUUUAAUGCAUAGUUCUUAGUUCAUAGGACACUGUCCUUUGAGAGAGUUGAGAAAAAAGAUAACUGACAGUGCUUCGUCUGCAGCAAAUGCCAGCACUAAUUAAGGCUGAAGCAAGACUUACCAGGGCUGCUACAUGGCAACUCCACUGAAAAAAACCCCAAAACAACAGUUUAUUCCUUUUUUUUCCCCUGUAAUUGGACACCAAAAGGGAACUCUGUACUUAAUUAGUUUAUUGCCAUGUAGUUUCUUCAUGAUGAUAAUCAUGUCAAAUAUGUUGAUUGUCCCUGACACACAGAAGCCCAUGAAGGUUUUUCCUGGAAGCAUCAUUGUGUGGUAGUUUAUGUAGGUGAUGCUUUACUAUUUUAACUCACCUUGUUAUGGGAAGUUGUGUGUUGGUUUUGUACCAUGAUGGAAAACUUUUUACUUGAUACAUAUGCAAAGAAGGGACAAGACCUUAGCAAAAUAUAAGUUUAUAGAAGACUGAGUAAUGGGCAUGAUACUCUGAGCAAAAUUUAAACCUUUAAUUUCUAUCUAUCUGCUGCUUAUUUUGGAAAUAAAAUAAACUUCUAUUUUUAGCCAGUACUUCACAAUAGAUUCUGAGCAAGACAGUGUUCUGUUCCAUGUACGUUUACCUUGCAGCAUAAAGAUUACAGCUACCCCAUGACGAUGCUGCAGUACUGAGGACACCUGGAAGGCACUGCACAUGUACAUCAUGCCAGGAACUGGGAUCUCCUCCAUCAGCCUCAGUGGCUUCUCAUUUGGAAAGUUUUUAUUCUUCCUGCCAGUAGUGUGAUUUCUGGUUGGUUGGUUGGUUGGUUGGUUUGUUUUUUUGUGUUUGGGGGGUUUUUUAUAGGUUUAAUCUUCAGCAUUUACUGUGUCAGAAAUGUAUGGUCCUAAUAAGGGUGAAUAGGUCACAAGCUGAAGUUAUGGUUCACUGCAGCUAUUUCUAUGGUCUGCAUUAGCAGAUAAAAAAAACAAGCUUCCAGGAUUUUUGCCACUUCUGUCUGCUGUGUAAUAAGCUAACUCAUUCUUUUCCUAAGAGAACAAAAUAACCAUUCUCCUCCCAUGACCAUCU